AUGGCCACGCCGGGCUCCGCUGCCGCCGGGGGGGCCGCCCAGGAGCAGGCCCCGCCGCCGCCCACCACACCCUCCUCCCAGCCGCCGGCCCCGCAAGGUCCUGAGCAAGCCGGCCAGCCGCCGCCGCCGCCCCCCCAGCAGCAGCAGCAGCCAACGCCCGCCGAGCAGAAGUUCCAGCCGCCCCCCGCGCAGCAACAGCCCCCCGCGGGCCAGCACCCGGCGGCGCCCUCUGCCCCCCGCCCCGACCAGCAGGACGCCUCCUUCCUGCCCCUCGUCCACGACAUCAUCAAAUGCAUGGAUAAAGACAGCCAGGACGUCCACCAGGUGUUGAACGACCUGCGCACCAAAUUCGUGGAGAUGCGCAAGCUGAUAAAGAGCAUGCAGGGCAUCGGCGUGAGCCCCGAACGUCAGCAGGAACAGCUGCAGAGCCUCCGGGAGCAAGUCCGGACGAAGAGUGAAUUGCUCCAGAAGUACAAGAGCUUGUGCAUGUUCGAGAUCCCCAAGGAGUAGGAAGGCAGGAACUCAGCGCUAGGCCGAGCGGGGGGGCGGGGAGGGGGCCGUUGUGCAAGCGGGACAUGGCUUGUCCAAUUCAUAGGUGUGCUUAUUGUGUGCCUAAACCCUCUGUUCCUGGUUUGUGUUUGUUCCUGGAGUCGUGUAUAACUGGGUUGUGCCAUGGCAAGGAGAGAGGGAGGGGUGGGUCGGAAUGUUCCUCACAGCUAGAAAGCUAGCCUCUCAGAGAAAAUGAUUUAUCUUGCGGGGAGGGUUCCCCCCCCCCCCACAGUAUGAGGGUUUUAUUUCAAUGGAAGAGCGUGCCAUGACUGUCGUCAUUUUGCUGUAUGUGAUAAUUGGCCACGUGGAGCUUUAAAAGGGGGAAAACACGCAGACACAGGUCUAGAAGAUACAUCUUUGUCGGGGACUUUGAUAUCAGUACAGAGAAGGCAAGGAUUGUGUUUGUUGGAAAAGGGCAAAAUUUAGAAUGGCCUUAGGUCCCAAGUCCUAGUGAGGACAGGAGAAACGGAGAAAGGAAGGCCUUUCUUUUUAAGACAUUUCGAGGUUUUGGUGGUGGUUGAGUUUUUUUUUUUAAAUAAACUCUUGUUUCUGGGAUAGUUUAAAUAAAAAAAAAAAAUUAAAUGCA